AUGGCCUGCGGCUCUGGCUGCUGUGAACCACCCCCCAAGGCACCGCCAGAGGAAGAUUGCUGCUCUACCCAGCUUCCAGAGCAAGAGGAUUCCUGCUGCGUUGACGACGUGCCAGAUACUAGCCUUGAGAAGCCUGAAACUGCUGAUACUGAAUGCAACAAAUCGAUUCAGUCAGACGACAAGCAAUGCCAGGAUACAUGCUGUGGUGGAUCGGUAGAAAAGCUACAGACUGAAAAGACAUGCGAGAGCAAGGCUCAAGAGGUCGACCUCAAGGAUGACUGCUGUGCUCCGAAGAUCACCCAGUCCAACUGCAGCAAGGGUUGCUGUUCCAAGGGAGACAAGCCAUGUCCCGAUAGUAUGAAAGCACCACCCUGCUGCGAGGGCAAAGUCUCUCCAUGCUGUGACCAAACCUGCCUGGACCGCCUUGCGCUGCGUGAGUGUGAAAGCCUUGGGUCUGGUCUAAGCACUAAUAAGCCAACUUCUUCCAACUGCGGCCGAGGCAAAAGCGGCAAGCCAUGUAAUGGCCACUCCCGCAAGGUUCGGGACAUGUACAUGGGGAAACUCGAGGCUCUUGGAUGCAUCUGCCGUGCUCUCAUCGCCCUUGGACAAGAAACAUGCUGUAAUUAUCAACGCCGCUCAACCUCGGCUAGUGUGCGACGUCGUUCAAAAGAGACGCUAUCGCUCCGUUCACGUUCGUCUGUUGGCUCCUGCUGUGCCGCCGAUAGGGCCGGUGGAAACUGCUGUUCCACAAAUAAGUCGGUCAACUUGAAUGAGAAAUGCCUGAAUAAUGGCAAAAGUCCAGCUAAGUCGAAGCCCCCGAGCGUGGUGGAAUCUUGUGCCGAGACUUGCUGCGCUGAAAUGCGACCAACUCGUUCUGCCAAAAGGUCGACAGAAAUCUUUACCAGCAUCGCCCAAGAUGCUGAUGUUGAAAAGAGCCCGUCUUCCAACAAUGAAAAGGAACAUGUGAUCCUCAGCAUUUCGGGCAUGACCUGUACCGGAUGCGAGACAAAGCUGAUUCGAAGUCUCGGUGCCCUCUCGUCAGUCAAGAACUUAAAGACCAGCUUAGUGCUUGCUCGCGCUGAGUUUGACUUAGUUGGCUCUAUUUCUGCGGCCGAGGUGACGAAACACCUUGAAAGAACUACAGAGUUCAAAUGUGAAAGAAUUACGAAUCAAGGCUCCAAUCUCGACAUCAUUGUUUGCGGCGGCGAUGCAGCUGCGUUUGUCAACCAGCCAUGGCCAGACGGGGUCACUGAAGUGAAAGUGGUUGAUGACAGGACCGUCAAUGUUAGUUUUAAUGCGGACAUUAUCGGUGCAAGAGACUUGAUUGAACGUGGCUGGGGUGACGUUCCAAUCCAGCUCGCAACGGCCCGCGCGGAUCCAACACUCGAGGCCGGUAAUAGACAUGUUCGCCAUAUUGGUUACAUGACACUGCUCUCUGCCUGCCUCACUGUCCCGGUUCUGGUCAUGGCUUGGGCUCCGCUCCCCAAGCACGAUCUGGAAUACAGCUCGGCAUCCUUGGCCUUGGCAACGCUCGUCCAAUUCAUAGUCGCUGGUCCAUUCUAUCCAAAGGCCCUCAAAGCUCUCGUCUUCUCGAGGGUAAUUGAAAUGGACCUUCUCAUUGUUCUCAGUACUAGUGCAGCUUACAUCUUUUCGGUCGUCUCCUUUGGUUACUUGGCUUCUGGUCAGCCCCUGUCGACCGGUCAGUUUUUCGAAACCAGCACUCUAUUAGUAACCCUCAUCAUGGUAGGCCGCUGGGUGGCUGCCCUUGCUCGCCAAAAGGCCGUGGAAUCUAUCUCGAUUCGAUCUCUUCAGAAUACCACAGCGCUCAUUGUGACUGACGAAGGCGAAAAGGAGAUUGAUGCUCGUCUUCUCCAGUAUGGAGACGUGUUCAAGGUCGCUCCCGACUCGAGGAUUCCAACCGAUGGCACGGUUAUAUCUGGUAAUUCUGAAGUUGACGAAUCUAUGAUGACUGGAGAGUCAAUGCCGGUCGUGAAGCAUAGUAAUUCCCCAGUCAUUGCCGGAUCUCUCAAUGGCUCAGGUGUCUUGUACGUUCGACUGACUCGACUUCCCGGCGACAAUACGAUCAGUACUAUUGCUGGUAUGGUGGACGAGGCAAAGUUGUCGAAACCAAGGGUUCAAGCCAUGGCUGAUCGUGUUGCGAGCUACUUUGUCCCCGUCGUCGUUGCCAUUACCAUUAUUGUCUUCUGUAUCUGGAUCGCCGUUGGUAUCAAGGUCCGCGGUCAAUCUGGAAGCGAGGCAACGAUCCAAGCAAUCACCUACGCGAUCACUGUCCUUAUAGUGUCCUGCCCCUGUGCCAUCGGCCUGGCGGUACCUAUGGUUGUAGUCAUUGCUAGCGGCGUUGCCGCUGAACGGGGUGUCGUGUUUAAAUCGGCGGAAAGUCUUGAGGUUGCUUAUAAGACGUCGCAUGUAGUAUUCGACAAGACCGGUACCAUUACCGAGGGCAAACUGACUGUGGUCGAAGAAUGGUAUGCCGAUGGUGACCAGACUGCUACAAAGUCUUUCCUCCUUGGUCUUGUUGAUGGCAUCAAGCAUCCAGUGUCUGCUGCAAUAGCGUUGCAUCUAAAAGACCAGGACAUAUCUCCUGCGCCGGUAUCAAAUUCAAAAGCUCUGACAGGGAAAGGCGUCGAAGGUAUCGCGGAGGGGUCUGGAUUGACUCUGCAGGCAGGCAACUCCCGCUGGCUCGGUCUUGAACCCAAUCCGGUUGUGCAAUCAAUGCUGUCACAUGGAUACACGGUGUUCGGCUUCACGAUCGGCAGUUCCGUCGCUGCUAUUUUUGCCCUCCAAGAUUCAAUUCGACCAGAUGCUGCCUCUACGGUUCAGUCUCUGCUCACUCGUGGCAUAUCGGUCCACAUCAUCUCAGGAGAUGACGAUGGCGCUGUGCGCUCUGUUGCAGCACGGUUGGACAUUAUCGAGGCCAAUGUUCGUUCUCGCUGCACUCCCGCUGACAAGCAAGCAUACAUUCAGAACCUUCUCCAAAGUCCUGUCUCUACAGAACAGACCAAUAAGGUCGGCAAGUCGAAGAAGCCCGUCGUUAUUUUCUGUGGUGAUGGAACCAACGAUGCAGUCGCCCUCGCCCAGGCCACUAUUGGUGUGCACAUGAACGAAGAGGGUACCGAUGUCGCCAAAUCGUCAGCCGAUGUUGUUCUUAUGCGCCCCAACCUCGCUGGUAUCCUCACCGUCAUUGCGGUGAGUCGAAAAUCUAUGCGCAGAAUUGCCUUUAACUUUGGCUGGAGCUUUGUGUACAACUUGUUCGCCAUCCUGCUUGCCGCUGGGGCUUUUGUCAAUGCGAGAAUCCCGCCCGAAUACGCCGGUUUGGGCGAACUCGUCAGUGUAUUGCCCGUUAUUGCUGCGGCCACGCUGUUGAGAUGGUCUACUAUCUAA